AUGAAUAGCCCCGUCCUUCCCAAGGACUUCAAUGCAAACCAACCCAAGACUAUCCGCCUAUACCCUCUCAGCAACUACACAUUCGGAACGAAAGAUGGCCAGCCAGAAGAAGACCCAUCAGUCCUUGCGCGCCUGAAGCGAUUAGAGGAGCAUUACUCAGAACAUGGCAUGCGACGGACCUGUGAGGGCAUCUUGGUCUGCCACGAGCACAACCACCCUCACAUCCUCAUGCUGCAGAUUGCAAACGCCUUCUUCAAGCUACCUGGCGACUACCUCCGCGCCGAAGACGACGAGAUCGAAGGCUUCAAGGCGAGGCUAAACGAGCGCCUCGCACCCGUCGGCACACAGUUUACCGGCGAAGGCGUCAACGACGAGUGGCAGGUCGGCGACACACUGGCGCAAUGGUGGCGGCCCAACUUCGAGACGUUCAUGUACCCUUUCAUCCCCGCGCACGUCACACGACCAAAGGAGUGCAAGAAGCUCUACUUCAUCCAGCUCCCGCGCAGCAAGGUUCUGAGUGUCCCCAAGAACAUGAAACUCCUCGCCGUCCCUCUCUUCGAACUCUAUGACAACACCGCGCGAUAUGGACCGCAGCUGUCGGCGAUCCCUCACCUCCUCUCGCGCUACAAUUUCGAGUUCAUCGAUGAGGAGGGUAAUGUUGCGGCUUGCACACCUGGCGUCGGGCCGCCAGACGGAAAUGUUCAGACAAAGGUCCUGGCUGGAGGAGAAGAUGUAAAGAUGGAUGCGAAUGGCGACGGCACGGGCAGCGACAUCACGCUGUCGUAG